AUGGAAUGGCAGAAUUUGGAGACUUCCAUUUUACAUCUUCUCUAUAAGGACCAUACCAACACUCGUGAUACAUUCAAAUCUGCCUUACUGAUAAAUGCAGAAGAUGAACUCAUUCCGAAUACUCUUAAACCUGUUGUGAGUGAUCCCAAACUUGUGGGAAAUGCUUCCAAUAUUACCGGAAUACCAGAAAUUUAUCCUUAUCCAUAUGAGCAACUCUCCAAUAAUUUAACACGAAACCUUAUCAAUGGCGUUAUUGCCUUUAUUUGCAUUUUAGGCCUGGUGGGAAACGGAAGGACAAUUUAUCUCCUGGCCUAUUCCAUUAAAAGGAAUCCUUUCACCACUUUCAUCCUGAAUCUCUCCAUCGCUGAUUUUGGGGUCCUCGCAUCCCUCAUUAUUGCAGCAAUCUUUGUGACGGUGUUGUCCCUGGGUCAAAGAACGUACGUUGUCAAAACUUUUUUCUUCUUAUUUUUCGAGCUGUUUUCCUUCACUUAUUCCGCCAGCCAGUUUCUGCUGACGGCCAUCAGCCUGGACCGGUGCUGCGUGGCUGUCCUUUUCCCUCUCUGGCAUCGCUGCCAUCGUCCCCCAAAUCUGUCCACUCUUGUUUGUGGCUUCAUCUGGAUCAUCUCCUUCCUGCUGUCUGCGGUGCACUUCAUUCUGUAUCAAACCAAGAGCUUUGGAAGUUCUCGUUUUCUUUACCAGCUGAUUGUGAAUGGUUUACUUUGUACGCCUCUCAUGGUUUUGUCCACUGUGACUCUCUUGAUUCAUAUGAGGUCUAAAAUGCAACGCAAUCAAAGGAAACUUCUCACCACCAUCUUUCUGGCUCUCCUCUUCUUCCUCCUUUUUUCUCUCCCAAUGGAUGUCUUUUAUGUCAUUGAAUAUUUUGUUUCCUAUAAUCCCCUCCUCAUGACCGUUGGGAUAGGAUGUACAGCUCUCAACAGCAGCAUCAACCCACUCCUUUAUUUCUUAGUGGGGAGGAAGAAGAGAGGAAAAGAUCAGCCCAGAGCAUCUUACAAGGUUGCUCUGCAAAGAGUCUUCAAGGAUGAGAAGGGAAGCACGGAAGAGCAGGAAACCAUGAAGGAAAGCCAGUUAUAA